AUGCUCCUGAACAUUCUUCAAACUGAAGAAGACGAAGCCAGCAAGCGACGAAAUAACAAAAAAUUAAAGCCGCCAACACCACCCGCCACCUUUUCUUUUCUUCUUCUUCUUCGCUCUCCGGUGUCAUUUUAACCGCCGAACAUCCUAGUUAUUUUUGUCUUCUUCUUGUUCCGAGCUUGAGGCCGGAUCACUCUUAUCUUAUGUGUGUUAUUCUGCAUUCUGAGUCAAGCUUCUCUUUGCUUCAUCUAUUCCCGAAUUUUGCACAAUCGCCUUUCAGGUACGCUGAGUUUUCAUUCGUCAUCUCGUGGAAUAAACGGCCAAGUCCAUUGUUGGUAUUAAUCAAACACUCCAUCUUUUUAGUUAGUUCAGAAAAAUUGAAGGCUGCUCCUUUCUUAGACGCCGUGGGCUUUAUUAUCUAAUUACUUUUACUUUUGGCUCUGCAUUUUAUUAAUCAGGAAUUUCUUAGUGUUUUAUGGGAUUUUUCAACCAAUAUCAUCCUACUGAUUAAGCUAAAUUUCUGAACGGUCAAGCAUAUUUCACCACUACUGAAAUUCAUGUCCUUUAUUAAAUGAUCUCUUGUUCUUUGCGUUAUUCUUGAUUGGGAUUUUGUGUUGAAAUAAUGUUUUGCUUCCUACACUGCCUCCUUGAUGUGGUGAGAGGAUGGGAAGAGCGUGUGAUUUCUCAGAGAAAGGGCAGCCGCAUUGUUCACUUUACCUUAAGGGACUCUACUGGGAGUUACCUCCUUGUUGUGGUCGGGGUAGAGAGGAAUGCAAAUUGUAUAAUCUAUUUGCCGACUGGGGACUACUUACGAGCCUUUGGGUCCACGAGCCUGGAACAAGGUGGAAAUCAAGAAAAAGUGUCAUCAAGUUUCUCACAUCAGUGACCUCAGGAAGCAGCUCAAUCUUUGCAGAUUCAAAUUGGAUUCUGCAAAUCUACCUGUUUUCCGUCGGCUUACUCAGUGAGCUUGGCUUGGGUAAAGAUCAGCAGAGAAUGGAAACAACACAGCAUCUGAAACAUCUUUUAUACCUGAUGACUCGUUUCUCCCAGCGUAGUGGCCCCGUGGGUGAGGAGAUACAACUGGUGGCAAAAGAAUCAGAAAUUUUGUGGUUAGGCGAAGCUUGGAUAUGCAGCAAGCAGCUGAAGCAUUAUCCAGCUUUUUGCAGGAAUGAAACUAAGAUACCUGUACAUUCAGUAGUAUGGAUCUUGGGUGGAAGGGAAAAAGACUACCUUGGUUAUGUAGAAGACAUGUAUGAGACCCUUCAGGGGGAAAAAAUGGUACGAGUGCGAAGAUUUCUUUUCCAUGAGGACAUCAAGCAUCUGAUACCUGAGCUAUGUUCCGAGUCUAGAGAAGUUUUCAUCACUUCAACUGAGGAGCAUCUUAGUGCAAAAGAUAUUGAUGGUCUAGCUUCGGUUUUGGCACCUAGUCAUUUUAAGAAGUGUGAUGAAGUUCUUCCCCUUAGUUUGUCGUUUAAAAAUUUUAUGUGCCAUAGAGAAUUUAAAAAGAAAAGUGUCAGCGCAUUCAACUUCACUGAAUUUUGUGGCUACUCUGCGCAACCUGUACUCACCUCUCUGAAAUAUUACAUCCCCGGGCCAAGUGAUGGUAGAGAAAAUUCGACUGAAGAAGUAGAUGAAUGUGGUCCUCAGAGCGAAGCAACCAAAACUUGUAAGAGAAUUAAGAUCCUCAGUGUGGAUCAAACUGUCUCAGGAGGUGAUGAUGGUUUGAACGAUUUAGCUAAGGAUAAUCAAUCUGCAAAAUGUGGACCUGCUCAUCAGUGCUCAAAAAUCAAAUUGGCAAACUUGGGGCCUGUAAAAAAUAAGCCUGUGACUCAGCCACAGAAUCAAAUGUUGCCUAAUGUUAAUGAAAAUAUUGAGCUUCUUUGUCAGGAUAGUGGUAUGCGAGGCUGCUGGUUAAGGUGCAAGAUAUUACGCUCAUCAACAAAGCUUCUGAAAGUUCAAUAUUAUGAUGUGACAGAUUGUGGUGGACCUGGAAAACUGGAGGAAUGGGUGGCGGCAGGCAGAGAAGCAGCUAAUGAUAGAUUGGGUGUGAGGUGUGCGGGGCGCCUUACAGUGAGGCCAUGGCCUAGCUGGGAUUCAUCAGAUGCAAGGUUUGAAGUAGGGGCAGCAGUAGAUGCAUGGUGGUGCCGUGGCUGGUGGGAAGGUGUUGUGAUUGGUUUCGGCGCAUCUGAUAAAAGUAGCCUUCAAGUUUACUUCCCAGGUGAGAACAAAUUCAUGAGUGUGGAGAGGAGGAAUGUGAGAGCUUCAAAGGAUUGGAUGGACAAAAAAUGGGUGGAUAUAAUGGCAAAGCAUGAUAUACUUGCAGUGUUAACAUCAUGGCUGAAUCCCAUGCCAAAAGUGUCGCUUCCCAAGAGUUCCGGCAAGCAAGAAAGCCAUGGAAGAGCUGCGCUUACAGAAAUUGUUGAGACUCAAAGAUGAUGCCAAAUGCCUAGUCAGAAGCAGUACAACUGCUGCUGCUGCGGUUGUACAUAGUGGUACAUAACAUUACAUGUUGUUGUAUUUGUAAAUUGCAACUCCCUUAUCUUUUCUCUUCAAUUUUGCUAUAUUGUUAUGGAAACUUACUCUUCUUCCAUUUCUUUCAUUGUUAUUGUGAAACCGUUUAUGUCCAAA